CAUUCGGUUAGGUGGUGGCUUUGGGUGUCUGUUCUGUUGCGGGACGUGUUUCCAGGCCUGACAUCUGAGGCUCGCUGUCACUGCAUGAGAUCGCACCAGCGGGGAUAAGUGGAUCACCGUGCCCCUCCCCCUGCACCGGCUAAGAGGAUUCCCUAUGCGAUAAGCUGCUGUUAUCCUAAGUGACAGCCUGAUCCCGCCGCCCGUGACACUGCACGCCUCUGUCUGCGUGGUGUCUUCUUCAGAUAUUCUGCCGCGAUCCGGCUGCAUGUGUGGAUUUGCUGAGAGAUAAAAUGAACCGCAAGCAUCGUGGUUUCCCAGUUGGGGGGUCAGCUCACCCAGAGCACUCCGGGCAGGCGGGAGACGAUGGCGACAGGAAGAUUUCUAAGUUUCAAAUAAACAAACUAAGAAACUUGACUGAUGACGUGUUGGAUAGAUUUUCCAGCAUUCGCAUACCUGGAAGCAGAAAAGAAAGACCUCAUUUGAAUUAUGUAAAGAAUUCCAAUCUCAAUAGCGAGUGGGCCACCUCUUCAGACCUUGAUGAUUUCCCCCAGAAGCAGCUGUCUGAGAAAGAAGUUCUAUCUCUCUUUGAAAAAAUGAUGGAAGAUAUGAAUUUAAAUGAAGACCGUAAAGCACCUUUGAGGGAGAAAGACUUUGCUACCAAGAAAGAAAUGGUCAUGCAGUAUAUUAGCACUGCUUCAAAGGCUGGAAGUCUCAAGAGCAGCAGACAGAUCUCACCGCAGGAAUUCAUUCAUGAACUCAAAUCAGGAGCUACAGAUGAAAGACUUGUCUCCUACUUAGACUCCCUCAGGGUCUCUCUGACCAGCAAUCCUGUCAGCUGGGUCGAAAGCUUUGGACACGAUGGCCUGGGCUUGUUGCUUGAUAUUCUGGAACGGAUGGUGGAUGGCAAAUGCCAUGAAAAAAUAGAAAAACGGAUUCAGCACAAAGUCAUUCAGUGCCUGAAGGCAUUCAUGAACAACAAGUAUGGAUUGGACAGGAUCAUGGGAGAAGAAAGGAGUCUGUCGUUAUUGGCCAAAGCCAUGGAACCUAAGCAGGCCAACAUGAUGACCGAUGUAGUAAAACUAUUGUCGGCAAUAUGCAUCGUUGGAGAAGAAAACAUUGUUGAAAAAGUCUUGGAAGCCAUAACUACAGCCGCAGAAGAAAGGGGCAUUAUCCGCUUCAGCCCAAUCGUAGAAGGCCUUCAUCAUAAUUUAGUGCAUCUACAGGUCGCCUGCAUGCAGCUCAUCAAUGCUCUCGUAACAUCUCCUGAUGAUUUGGACUUCAGACUUCACAUCAGAAAUGAAUUUAUGCGCUGUGGAUUGAAAGAGAUAUUGCCACAAUUGAAACUUGUAAGAAAUGAUGCUUUGGAUAUCCAGCUGAGAGUAUUUGAUGAACACAAGGAAGAAGAUAUGAUAGAGUUUUCUCACCGCCUCGACGAUGUCCGAUCUGAAAUGGAUGAUGCCAGCGAUGUCUUCAGUAUGGUGUGGAAUUCUGUAAAGAGCACAAACGCAGAAGGCUAUUUCCUUUCUAUUCUCCAGCAUCUCUUAAUAAUCCGAAAUGACUAUUUUGCAAGGCCGCAAUAUUUCAAAAUAAUUGAAGAAUGUGUGUCACAAAUAGUUCUGCAUCGAAGUGGUGUUGAUCCGGAUUUCACCUACAGGAAAAGAUUAGAUGUAGACUUUAGUUACCUACUAGAUGUCUGCAUUGACAAAGCGAAAACGGAGGAGUUUGAAGAAAGAUAUUUUGAAAUAAGCAAAAAGUACGAAGAAGAAUUUACAAUUCGCCAAGAGACCCAGUCCCAACUGCAGAAAAAUGAAGAAAAAAUCAAUGAACUUCAAGCAGAAUUACAGGCUUUUAAAUCCCAGUUCGGAAAAGUACCUGCAGGAGCUGGAGUUCCGUCCCAAGCACCCAGCAGUCUGCCAUCUGCUGGAAUUCCUAAUGCUCCACCAGCUCCACCCGGCGGACUUGCACCUCCUCCUCCGCCACCACCUCCCCCUCCACCACCACCACCUCCCCCAAUGUGUGGCUCCUCUGCACCCUCUCUUCCUGGAUUUGGUGGGCAUCGCUCCCCCCCUAUGCUUACCCUUCCUUUUGGCUUAAAGCCCAAAAAGGAGUUCAAGCCAGAGGUCGGAAUGAAGAGACUUAAUUGGUUAAAGAUUAGACCAAAUGACAUGACUGAGGCCUGUUUCUGGAUCGUUGCGAAGGAUGAAAGAUAUGAAAAUGCAGAUCUGUUCUAUCAACUCGAGAAUACAUUUUCUUGUCAGAAACGAGUAAGGAAAGAUGAUGAUUUGGAAGAUAGUAUUUGUACCAAGAAAAGGAUAAAGGAACUAAAAGUGCUGGAGCCUAAAAUUGCCCAAAAUCUAUCUAUCUUCUUGGGAUCAUACAGGUUGCCUUAUGAUCAAAUAAAACAGAUAAUACUUGAAAUUGAUGAAACACAACUGUCAGAGUCCAUGGUCCAGAAUUUGAUAAAACAUAUGCCUGAGCAAACACAGUUGAAUGCCCUGGCCAAACUCAAAGGGGAUUACGCCAGUCUGUCUGAGCCGGAACAGUUUGGUGUUGUGAUGAGCAACGUGAAGAAGCUGAUUCCACGACUCAACUCCAUUUUAUUUCGUCUUCAAUUUGAGGAGCAAGUAAACAACAUCAAACCUGAUAUUAUGGCUGUCAGCGAAGCAUGUGAGGAGAUAAAGAAAAGUAAAAGCUUUGCUAAGUUACUGGAGAUUGUGUUACUUAUAGGAAACUACAUGAACGCUGGCUCUCGUAACGCACAAACAUUCGGUUUUGAACUGAACUCUCUUUGCAAAUUAAAAGACACCAAAUCAGCAGAUCAGAAAACUACACUAAUUCAUUUCCUGGCUGAACUGUGUGAAAAGAAGUUUCCUGAUGUCCAGAUGUUUGUGGAUGAUCUGCAGACUGUAGACAAAGCUAGUAAAGUGUCUGCAGAGAAUCUGGAGAAAACCAUGAAGCAAAUGGAACGGCAGCUCCUGCAGCUUGAGAAAGAUUUGGAGACCUUUCCCCUUUCUGAAGAUGAACAUGACAAGUUUGUGACAAAGAUCUACAGUUUUGCAGUCAGUGCGAGAGAGCAGUUUAAGAAGCUUUCCCGGAUGUAUGAAAACAUGGAGAAACUGUAUCGUGGGCUCCUGGAGUACUAUGUCCUCGACGCAAAAAAGGUCUCUGUGGAGGAGUUCUUCACGGAUUUGAAUAACUUCAGGACGAUGUUUAUGCAAGCAACAAAAGAGAAUAUCAGAAGAAGGGAAGCUGAAGAAAAACAGAAACGCGUGCAACUGGCAAAAGAAAUAGCAGAACGAGAGAAACAGGAAAGACAACGAAAGAAGAAACGUCUGUUAGAAAAGAACAGGGAGGGUGAAGAGACUGGUGUGAUGGAUAGCCUACUCGAGGCCCUGCAGUCCGGAGCCGCUUUCCGAGACAGGAGGAAGCGUACUCCGAGGCCUAAAGAUAUACAGGACCGUCUCAGCCCAAGUACGGAGAGGCCUGUUCUAAAGACAUGUAACCAUGAAAACCUUAAACCUCAGUUUGAAAGGUCCCGAUCCCGGACAAAUAUCCAUUCCAACCAGCCAAGAGCUCCUGUUGCUAAGGAACUUAGCUACGAAUCGGAAACUCAUUCCUCCACGACCCGGAGCAAGGCUGUUAGUAAGAAGGAGGUGUAUAACACUGAAGGCAACAGAGAUAAAGGAUCAGGUCAAGGCUCAACAAAAACAGAGUCCAUUCCUGAAGUUGAAGCUCUUCUUGCGAGAUUGCGUGCUCUGUAACAUCAUGGCUUGCAGGGAAAUAGUUUGCAACAGCUGAUGACCAGUCACAGUGUAUACAGCUUUGUACCAAAUGGGUUUAUUUCUUCUU